AGAGUGCAGAGUUUUACCAAGUCAGGUCAGGGUUGUGUGUGCUGAUUCUCAGGGUCAUGAGGCAAGGAAGGAUGUAGAAUAAUCUUAUUGCAAAUAUCCCCACCAUCUCUUCAUACCUGUGGCUACCAAUGGCUUACUAAGGAGGGCUAAUUGGCACAAAUGCGUGUUGUGGAUCAUGUAGGAGAGCAGAGAGGUUGAAAUGAGAAUGUAGAAACACAAUGGAAAUACAGAGAGCAAAAUUAAUCGGAGCUAAUUUCAGCCAGCGUCCAGCACGUCGGAGCAAACUUCACCUCAUCUGUUUUCAAGUCACUGGCCUCACUAUGUUGCUGCAUUUUAAUACCGGUAUGAGAGAAAGAAGAAUCAGGAGUGCAAGAAUCCCUAGAUUCUUUCCUCCAGUUCUAUGGGUUUGUCAUCUCUUUUCUACUUCCAUUAAGCUUUUGGCUUUAGCAGGCCUCAUGGAGAGGAUGCAGGGCUGGAAAUCCAUCCACACAAACAUGCAGGUGAAAUAUUAUGCUGCAGAUCACACACACUGGGACCUGUCUGUGCAACUGUUGUUCUGGCUUGGCAAGGUUCACAGAGGACACUUCAUGGAACACAGGUACGUUGUUGCUGUUUGCUGGGGACUGUGUUUGGACACAACGCUAAUGGUGAGCCACCUUGGCUGCACCAGCCAGCAAAGGCUGCCAGCAGCCCCAGGUAGAACCACAGCCCUUUUGAGACUUUGCUCAGUCCUGUCCCACUUUUAGCAGGAUCUGAGGAGAAAACCAGGGAUUAUGCCUUUACCUUCUGUGCCUUCAUUUAUAAGGUGGAGUUUACCCCCAAAAAACUAUUUUUUCAAAAGAACACAGAGCAAAAAUACUGAUUUACAGGUCUUAGCCCUCCAAUAGGGUACAGCUUCAGUCUGCUCUGGGUUACUGGAACAGGAGAAAAGAGCAUGAAGUUCUACAAAGCCUUACAGAGCCCCAGGUCUUGGCUGUAGAGUAAGAGCCUGCCCUCUGCUGCACUAACCCAGCACUCUUUUCUGUUUUCACUUUCCUUCUUAACCAGCAGCUAUUUCUUUUCACAUCAGUUUAUAGAUGAGCAGCACCGGAUUCCCCCCUCCCUCCCCACCUCCUUUCCACCCAUGUGACUGAGCACUCCCCGAAUCGAGUGAAACUUUGCAGUCCCCAGGAAACCUUUAAUUCUUUUCUGCUGCACCACAGCGAGAAGCAGCAUCACUUGGCCUCACAGCUGUACUGACCAUGGGAAGGAGAAAAUCACACUUGGUCUUGCUAGCCUUUGCCUGUGCAUUUUCUUCCUGCUGUGCUGAAGUGGGUGUCAAGUUAUCUCCACAAACCACGUCCUUCCACCAUACCAUCACUUCUGCUCUGCCACUUUCUGUUUAUCAUUCCCCACCCCAUCAAAGCACCACAGUUCAACAUAACAGCACAGGCUCUGUAAGCCAUGUAACUACUCUGCAGACAACUGACCAACACUGGGUAACAACAGCACCAGCUUCUCAUACGGCAGCCCAGGCACGAGCAAAUACCAGCAAAGCGAAUGGCCAGGCAUCUUCCACAGCAGCAACCACGUCUGGGGCAAACGGAGGUGGAGCUGGUCAGGCUACAACACAGGCAAUGGAAACAGUUACAUCAGCUGAGAAGAACACAACUGCGUCCCCAGGCAGCCAAAUCACAACACAUGUGGACACAGUUACAAACGGAACCACAGAGAAUACAACAUCAAAUACACAAACAACAAGUGCCUCAAAUACUACAGCCACUACCAACAGUACUGCAAAUCCCACCACAAGCUCAACUAAUCACACAACUUCUGGAAGCCCAACACCCACAGCCAUAACCAACACAACCACCACUCAUACUCAUGGGACUCAUACAACCAUCCCAUCUACUACAACGAUGGUGAGACCCACUCUAGCACCACAGCCUUCUCCCAUCCCCACUGGCACAUACAUCAUUUCCAGCAGCAACAAGACCUGCAUCAAAGCAGUGAUGGGUUUGCAACUGAUGGCUCUAAGCAAGCAGAAGAAACAGAUGGAGUACCUGACUGUCAACCCCAACGCCACCCAGAUAUCUGGAAGCUGUGGGAUAGUGGAGUCUGUGCUGAACAUCACUUUCACUGGAGGGUUUAUAAGCUUUGUCUUUGUAAAGAAAGAUCCGACAUACUAUGUCAGUACAAUUGAGGCGGAAUUACAGUUGCCUUCUGAAGGUUUACUUUACUACGGAGCCUUCCGCCAGCAGCUUUUUACAGCAAAGCUGGAGAAUUCCUUUAAGUGUGCCAGCAAGCAAACCUUUCGCUUGGAGAAAGACUACCACCUAUUCAUUGUUAAUAUGCAGCUGCAGGCCUUUGAUAUUGAUGGCAACCAGUUUGGAAGAGAAGAAGAAUGUUUCCUUGAUAAAAGCACACAAGCAGUUCCUGUCGCUGUGGGCCUGAGUAUCCUGGGACUGUUGGUCAUUGUGUUUGUCACGUUUCUGAUUUCCAGAAAAAAGCCCUAUAGAGGAUACGAACGUAUCUGAGGUGCUCUUGUACGUCCAAAGGAGAGAAAGCACAGGAGUUUUUUGCUUUUAGCUGGCAGCCUUGCUGCUCUGGAGGCAGAUUUUUAAGUGAAAUGACACCAUGUGUUUAAAACUAAUGCAUGUUUCUGGAAGCAAUUUCUUUAAGGUGGGAAGGAAAUGAUUUAUAUCAUCUAUUUUAGGCUAUUCUUAGCAACUGAUUUAGACGGGGUCCAGAGGAUCAAAGUUAGAAGCCCAAAUUCUUUAUAUUACCAAAAAAAGAGGCAAUUCAGACCACCUAUGUGACUCUUAAGGGAGGCAGCUUCAUUAUCCCCCAUAAAAUCCAACAGAUUCUUCUAAAAAACAUUAAGAAAGAUCACUUUCUUUAAGAUGGCAUUCAUAUUUAUUAGGAGAGUUGAGUCCAAUAAUAUGACCUUCAGGUGAGUAGAGCAGAGGUUCACAGCAAGAGACAGCCCUACUAAAUCAGAGCAAGCCCUACAGGAGCAUUGGUUUUUUUGCCAAAGGUUUGGGGCAAGUAUAAGAAUGACUUCAAUUGAUAAGCAAGUUCCCUUCGGUCCUUUUAAACACCAGGCUUACAUUUAGUAACUUCUUAUUGUUUCCUACACAGUCAUUUGGAGGGACACAGUGGCAAUACGCUGCUCUCACACUGGAGGCAGCAUUUUUAUUAAUUUUCUAGCUUCUAGUGACUCUGUGUGCAGAUAGGAUGACGCAGUGGGGUCACACAGGGUCUUGCCUGAGCAAUGUAUGCAAACAUUUCCACUUGUCAUUGCCUGUCGCAGCCUCUCUGCAGUGAUGUCUGAACUUCUUGCCAAUAAUUCUUGGACUGCGGCUUCACAAGACGUGGGAUAUGAGAACAAUCUGACGUCAUUAAGCUUAUCCUGCACUAUUACUCUGUUAGCUGCACCAUUCAGCAGCUGAUGACAGGCAGCUGAGAUGUCUGUGCAGAAUUGGGAGGGCAUUCAGAAUCAGUAACUCCACCCAUCUACACAAGGCCAAGACAUCCUAUUUACCAAUUGGUGCUCAAGAUGCAGCAUCCCUUUGCCAUGUGUUUGCAGCACAAGGAGGAGAAAGCUGACGUGAGGCACUUAAAGCACUGUGAUAAGUGGGUAAGGGAUGCUACUGUGAUAGAUAGGAACUGAGGUGAAAUUGCUUGAUGAAUUCAUGGAGCCUAUUAUUUCAUAGUCUUAUAAGAGCUUAUGCUCCUUGCUUCCUUUACAGACAUGGUCCUGUUACAGUGUUCACCCCUGAACUUGGUAACUAUCACCUCACUGAGGUGACAGUAUUGUGAUCUCUCUCUUAAUGUGGGAAGAUAUUACAGUAACUGAAAAUGCUGGACAUUAAGUAGCCAGCACUGUGGCAGACCUGCACAAGGUCCUGAAGUAAAUGGAAAUCCACUGAAGCUGUCUGCUGAAGGUGUCUGUGGGAAAUGAAAGCCUGCACAGGCCUUGGGUAAACUCUGCCCAAAAGUGAAUGCUGUUCACCACACUUGCAGCUGAGCAGAUGGAUUUUCAUAUGGAAAUAGUUUAGAGUUGCUUUAAAGAACAGUAUUUGCAAUACUUUGUAGUCUGCUUCCUGCUAAGCAAAUGUGAAGGCCUGUAAGUGGUAAUUGCUUUUGAGAGUAAUUAAGUUCAGCUAAUUUUCUUCAUUGAAACAAGGAAAAUCUCGUCACAGAAGGUUUACAAAGAUAAACAUAUGCACAAAUGUGUGAGUACCCACACCACAAACAGAUCUGCUCACUGCAGGAAACUACAUGAAAUUGAUAAGAAUUAUACUUAAAAGCAUUUAUCAAAGGGAAAACAAUAUUGCAUAAGAGCUCUUUUUCCCUUGGGGUUUAGGGCAGCAGCUUAAUGUUACCAAUAACUAUUUUGCCUGGAUAGGACAUAGCAAUAGCAGCAAUUAAGCAAAAGAAAGACUGAAGUUAUCAGCAGAAAUUCCUUGCUGUUAGCUUUAUUUGGAAAUAACCAUAACAUAAAUGCUGGAAGAUAAUUUGAUUUCCACUAAGUAAUGGCCCAAAUCCUGAGCAAUUACGAAUGGCAGUGGAUUUUCACUGAGUAAAACUGAGAUCAGUACCUCGUGAGUCUAAUUUGCCUGCAGUAUUUUCUAAACCAGUUCUGAUAUUUUACCAGUGUUUAACCAUCGAGAGAGUUCUGUUAAAUCCUUCCAUUCUAUGCAUUUCUAGAAGAUUCUGGUCGGUGCCAAGCAGGAAACACGACACCAUUCCACAGUGCCAUAACAUUUGGCUGUGGAAGUCAUUCAUUUUCCAGAAAUGUUCCAGUUUAGUUUGAAUGAACUCAUAACCAAGAAAGAUAAGGACAAUUUUGAAGCACUUUUGCACUUGGAGAAGCCAGACAGAACUUAGAACCAGCUGUGAGAAAGGGAGGGAGCUGAAUAUAAUUAUAAGGUAAAGCAGAAUGCAGUUACAAUCACUUGAAUGCUCCAUUAUUUCAAUGUUUGCUUUAUAAAAGGCUCCAGCAGUGAUAAUAUUACUUAGCAAACUUUAUUAAGCUCAUUUUCCCCCUCCCACCUUUUCCUGUUGUUAGUGGUUAUGCAGCCCACUGCCCUUGUUCAGGCCCUAACACUCAGGGUGUUCUUGCUGUUCAUGGUUCAUCUCACAUGAAAAUCUGAUGGUUAAUGAGAGACCUCACAUAGAAACAAGUCCAUGUCUGUGAGAACUGCAGCCAUGGAAAGGCUGGGGAGUUGUGAGCCUGCUGCUGCUGUUUCUUUUCAUAGAAACCAUUGGUACAAAGCACAAUGUUUGCCACUGCCCGUCUGGUUGGGAAGUGGAGCUGUGGGUUAUUGCUGAGUUAUUUGUUGUUUGGUUUUGUUUGGAAAGCAGGCUUUUUUUUUUUACUACUAUAUUAAAGCGGUCUUUUUUCUUUUUGAACUGUGUAAUGUUUAAGUUGUCCAGUAGGAAACAGUAAAUAUGUGGAAGUGCUUCCAAGUCCAAGUGCUACUGUCCCAGGCUGUUAUAUAAUAACAGCUGUUACCUAAAAAGCUCAGCUCCACACUGAUGUGACCCUAAGCCAGUCCAAGUGGUGGUCAACAGACACCUUUCCCAUUCAGAACUAAGUCCUAUUUUGCAUGGAUUUUUGGGUUGUUUGAUCCAUGUGGUUUGUUACUUUAAUUAAAUAUAGGAAUAUAGGAUUUUCUUGUUAUGUUCUAUGCUGGAAUAGCUCUUUUUAUUACUGUUCACUCUUUUAACAUUUGCUAUAAAAAUGAGGCUAGAAAACCAUUCUUAAUGAUGAUUGAUAAUUUUGUGUUUAAUCUUGUCACACCCUCCAGCAGCUUUACCAACAAUGCAAAGUUAAUGCUUUUCUCUCACCCCAUUUUAUCACUAGAGUGAAUCAAACUAAUCAUACCAAGCAGUAUUUAGAUAAAUGCUUAACUGAUUAAUUCUUAUGCUAUUUACUGCUGUUAUUUGUUUUUUGGAAGCUGCAUACAGUCUUCUGUGGGCUUGCACUGAGUGGGUAUCCCAUGAAUACACAACGUCAUACUUAGUUAAAUAGCCCAGGAGUUUAUGAAGUAAGAUUUCAUUUCUUUCAGUCCUUUGCUGUUCUCUGACAGUCAAAAAAAGAGUCCAAAUUAAAAAACAGCUGUUAAUUCUGGUUGAACAGAAGCAGGGAGAUGUAGAAUAACUUCUUAAAGAUAUGGAGUUGGUUUGGUUGAUCACUUUUAACUUGCUCUAAUAGGUGGUUGCUAAAAAUUACUUUGUUAUAUGCCCUUUAUUUUUCUAUUAUUGGUGUUUCUAUAAUAAAGAUGGUGUUUAGUCAUUACA